AUGGAUACUGGAAACAAUAAUGACAUCCCCACUCUUCUUAAGUCCAACUUUCCUCCUUAUGGUCGAGAUUUUCCUGAUGGUGUUCCUACCGGUAGAUUUUCAGAUGGGAAAGUUCCAUCAGAUAUCAUUGUGGUCUCUAGCAGUAAUGAUCUUGCCGAGACUUAUUUGGUUCGAUCAAUCGAAUUUGAUCGUAACUCAUAUGCCGAAUAUCUAGCUGAGUUGGCUUCAAAAUUCAUCAAAGAAUUAUCUGGACUCGGGGCUAAGAAAAUUGGAGUGUUUAGCGGAGUACCAGUUGGAUGCUUACCUUUUCAAAGAACACUUUUUGGUGGUCUAAGAAGAGAAUGUUUUGAAGAUUUGAACAACAUGGCACUUCAUUUCAACUCAAAGCUAUCAUCUAAUUUGGAUGCUCUGAAAAAGGAAUUGCCCGGCAAACUAAUAUUCAUCGACGUUUACGAAACUCUUUUGGACAUCAUAAAAACCCCUGAGAAUUACGGAUUUGAAGUAGCAGAUAAAGGAUGUUGUGGUACAGGAGUAAUUGAGUUGGCUGUAUUGUGCAACCAACUUACUCCUUUUACAUGCUCGGAUCCAUCGACUCAUGUCUUCUUUGACUCCUAUCAUCCGAGUGAAAAAGCAUAUCAUAUUCUCACUGAUAAAGCGAUGGAUAAAUACCUUAAGUACCUGAGUAAUUGA